AAACCAUUAGGUAAUAAAGCCUACAUAAUUAUCAACCAAAAUAAUAAGACAAUGAAUAUCCUUCAUAAUAUGCAGGUAUACCGUCCAAUUACGAGCGAAACUCAUCUUUAGGAAAAGAUCGAAUGCACUUGUUUUCAUAUCAGUUGAAGAAAGAAGACGUAUCCACAAGAUCGUCAUCAUAAUUAUGGCGCAUCAAGGAAUUUAUAUGCUGGUGCUUCUCGGGCUAUCCUUAGGCAUUCAAGGGAACCUGGCUCAGAUAUUUAUUGGUGAUGACAGCACACCGGGUAUCCUCUAUGCUUCCCUGCCGGAGCCUCGGGAUGAUAGCAACAUCUUGGAGACUCAGUUCACCAUGAUACCUCUACGUGCAGGUAAUACUGUAUCGGGCAUUGACUACGAUCCGAACAAUCAAAUGGUGUAUUGGAACGAUUUCCCGAAUGGCAUGAUAAAUCGAAUCAACAUUGAUGGAAACAGUCCCCAAGAACUCAUAAUACUGACACAGAGUCCUAAUUCUAUUGCUCUGGAUCUGUUGAAUGGAAAGAUCUACUGGACGAUGUUUAACGACGGAGCCAUCUCGCGCGCCAAUCUAGAUGGCAGCUCCGUUCAAGAAGUCUAUAGAUACUUGAACUCUCCUGCCAUGCCUACUUCAAUCUUGACUGAUUCAAUCAACGGAGGAGUCUUCUGGACAGCGCACUUUCCAGAUGAGAUUGUAAAGGCAACCCAAGCUGCCACCACAAACACCACCAUCUUGGUGGCUGUUAAACCUAUUAGUGCAGAUGUCAUAGCCACUGAGGUGUGUGCUGAUCAAGCAGUGCGAUUGUUUUACUUCACAAAUUACACGAAGUUAGGCUUCACUAACGGAGAUGGGUCCAGUGAUCGCACCCUGGAUGUGUUCCCAACCUUUACCCAGGCGAUGCCUUCGAUGAGCAAGUAUGGUAGCAAACUCUUCUGGAUUGGCAUGCAGGGUGGACCAUUCAACCAGCAAGCCGGGAUCUACGAGUACGACAUGAAGAAUUCUUCUCUCAAUGUUCACAACCCAACAGUGACGCUGACGAAUGGUAGCGAGCUGGUUAUUAGCCCCCAAACCGCUAAAAUCAUCUCAACAACUCAGUAUGACGAGCCCGUUGUCAUCGAAGGAUGUCCUGAAAAUAUCGACGUCGCCAUCGAUGACGACACAUACAACGUCUCCGACUCAUCAUCGCCGGUAUCAUGGACCGAGCCUGGGUUGAACAGUUGGUCCAGCUGCUCUGAAAUGGACUUCCUAGGACCAGGAACCAACGGUGGUAUUUUUCUCCUCGGUAAAACCCAGGUGUCGUACACGGCAAGGGAUGCGGCAGGGAACACGGAUACAUGUGAAUUUACAGUGACAGUUCGAAAGGACGAUGAUGACGAUGAUUCACCCUGUGCUGGUCGUAACUCCGGAGCCACUUUAUCCUCGUGUACUGGCCUCAUACAUGUCUUCCAAGGCAUCUUCAUCCUCCUCUUCAUAGUUUUGCUCAAAUAGGAUUUGGAUCCUCCUUGGGAUCUUGGCCCCCUUUACCUAUUAUUGGUAGCAGAGAAGGUAUACAUGCUGGAAAGAAAGCCGUGUCCCACAUAAUGACCAUGGACCUAAGUAGUAAUAGGGUACGUAUAGCGUCAUAACUAAUCCCUAUUGUUCUAAACAAUAGAAAUAUGAAUUAUGAAUAUUCUAUUGUUCUAAACAAUAGAAUAUGAAAUAUUAAUAAAUUUAUGAAUCAAUAAUUAUGAAAUAUAAAAUAUGGAUUAAUAAUUAUGAAAUAUGAAUCGAUAAUUAUGAAAUAUGGAUUAAUGAUUAUGAAAUAUGAAUCGAUAAUUAUGAAAUAUGGAUCGAUAUGGAUUAAAAGUUAAAACAAUGGGAAUAUGGAUUAAAAGUUAAAACAAUGGGAAUAUGGAUUAAAAGUUAAAACAAUGGAAAUAUGGUAUAAACAUUGGAUGACGUCAUAGGUUCCCGAAUCAUCGAAAACAAAUGACGUCAUCAUUGUGACGUAAUACCAAUGACGUCACAGACUUACGAAACAUCGUAAACAUAUGACGUCACGCAACAAACAUGACGUCAUCCCUCGAAAAAGUCUCAAAGAUAAAGAAAAAGUAAAUGACGUCAUCGAGUGGCGGAAACAAAGUCGGACAUGUCUAGAUAAAAAGAGCAUCUGACGUCAUUUUUAUUUUAAAACAUAAAGGAAAGCAAGGGUAUAAAUAUAUGGGGAAACAAGUGAGUUUAUGUCGUUCAGUUUUGGAUCUAGAAUAGUCAGCUUGUCAACAUGUAUAGUUAUUACAACUCUACUUCCACUUCGUCGUCUCGUGCCUCGCCUCCAUUGGUGAAUUAUACCGGUAACGAACUCCACAUUGACGGAGGAUUUUCCCAUUCUGAACCACUCCCAGCAGCGGAUGUCUGGAUCCAAGAUCGUCAACAAGGAAACGAAGAACAUGAAGAUGUACGAGAUGACGACCAUCAUGACGACGUUAAAGCUCAAGCAGGCAGUAAAGAUAAGGAUGGUGAAACCAACUCCAUCUCAACACAAUUUCAAAAUAAAUCUGGAACUGACCUCUGCAAACUGACAAUCAGCAUGACAAAUAAACGGGCAAGAUACGCAACUGUGAGGCGAUUCCUUGGAAAGGUAUACAUCGACAUCCGUGAAUUCUACCCUGUAGGAGAGAAAUACUACCCAAGCAAGAAAGGGAUCAUGCUCGAACCAGAGGAGUUCAAGGUUCUACUAAUGAUGUCCAAAAAUAUCAACGCUGCGAUACAUAGGGGACGCAUGAUGAAACGCUAAUAAUCAUCGUUGAUAAACCAUCUUCUUGAAAUUACGACGGAAAACCAUUGAAAAUCAUAUUAUAAUCAAUAUGCCAUUCAUAUUCAUGUGAUGAAAUGUACUGAGAUUCAAUAAACGACGUGACAUUAUAA